AUGCCGAUGUCGACCAAACGCAAAGCUCCAGUGAAGCUGGCAGCACCGGUCGCCAAAAAGAGCGCCAAUAUCCCCUCCAAAAACACAAUCGACGAGUUGCACACGUCGGUCUCUGGUACAGAUGCCUUGCAAGGCUCAAAUGUCGACACGAUAGAGAUUUCCUCCGACGCCGAGAGCGAGUAUACCUCGGACGGUGAAGACGCCCCAGAGCAAGUAAACGGCACUAAAGAGGUUGUCCAGGCUUCGAACGACAGCAAAGCCAAGGCCAGUUCUACAACCGUCGCCAACGACAGCAAUGACGCUGGCUCAGAUGCCGAAGGCGGCUCUCCCACGUUUGGCGAGCUUCUGCGCGGCAACGAGACCAUUGACGUCUCUAGCCUGCUCCAGCAAGCCGUCACCAGCACCGCCGUGCAGCCCUCGCGCACCGCCAUCGCUCCACCCUCCCUACAGUCCCUCACCACCGUUCUCACGCAAGCGCUCAAGACCGACGACACGGAGCUGCUCGAAUCGUGCCUACACACGACCGACCUGACCACCAUCCGAAACACGAUAGAACGCAUCGAUAGCAGCCUCGCCGGCAUCCUACUAAAUAAGCUCGCCGCGCGCCUGUACCGGCGACCGGGCCGCGCCGGUAACCUGAUGAUAUGGGUCAAGUGGACGCUCAUUGCCCACGGCGGCGCCCUGUCGUCGCAGCCGAAGGUCGUCCAGAGCCUCAACGGCCUGCAAAAGGUGCUGGCCGAGCGUGCCAAGGGCCUCAACAGCCUGCUCGCGCUCAAGGGCAAGCUCGACCUGCUCGAGGGCCAGAUGGAGCUCCGUCGCAAGAUGAAGCGCAGCACAUCGGCGAUGAAGAAUGGCGCGACCAGCGACGACGAGGAUGAGGUGGACGACAACGUCAUCUGGGUCGAGGGCGAGACGCAGGAUGCUAGACUGGCCAACGGUCUGGCGGACGACGAGGAUGCGCACAUGCUCAACGGUGUCAUUCCUGACUCGGACGGUGAAGACGACGACUCUGAUGCCGAGGAAGACGACGACGUCGACGGUGCGGAGGAGUCGCUGGAUGAGGACGAGGUGGACCACGACGACGUCGACGAGUCCAUGGGUGAGGACGAGGAGAGCGAUGCGGAACCUGCGCCGCCUUCCAAGCUACAAAAAGUCGCCGGGUUCUUUUCAAAGCGCAAGUAA